AGUUCCAAAACAGAACUUCCACAAUGAUGUCAUGCACGCAUUGCGCAGUCGCAACUUCUGAAAAAUGCGAGCCGCGGCUCGUCUUUCGCCUCUUUUCUGCGACGGCGUGGAGAGGGGAAAUGCAACGUUGCAAACGCAUACAAGAGCCACGGAGGCCCCGGCAACAACUCUCGUCCUUGCAUAAUAUUCGACUUAUCGACUGUCGCGGCCCAUAAAAACUCACCUUGGAUCUAUAUUAUUUCUUUCGAAGUCGUCCCAUUUCAAACCUCGCUCUCAGCAAUGUCCGAGAGCACCACACAGAGUACGGCACAGCGAGAGGUCGUGGGCGAGCAACAAAACAGGGACAUCUCUGAGACAAGUCCAUCUCAGCAAACCCAACGGCGGGACCCGGUUCGGUGUAAAGUACACUUCAACCGGCUGCUCACCCUCGCAAACCAUAGAGAAGCCUACCCGGUUUUCACCACGCGGCUAUCGGGAGUUGAAAAGUAUUUCGCAGACCCCGAUGCUAUGCACGUUACAGCUGACGGUCCGCAGGAAUCAGAUUCCGGCAUAGAGCUCGCUGCAACCCACGGGCAAGCUAAACCGUCCAAGACUCUUAUUGGACGUCUAUUCAGUGGGGUUCAGAACCAUCUGCACUCCUCACGCGAACGUCAACGACUUCGGGAAGUGCUGAGCGCCAAGCUUCUAACACAAGAGUACAACACAAAGCCACCAUUCAUCCGCGCCCUGUUUGCCGACACUCCGCAAGGGCGUGCUGCACGAAAAGCACUGCGAGCCAUGCACAGGCGAAUGUACGGCCAAGGCCUCUUCAAAUUCCUGAAGAAGCCUCGAGACAAAUACUGGGUUCAGACCGGGGACGAGUUCCUCGAUAUCAUUGAGGAACAUGGCGGGAAGACAGUCAAACGGGAAAACGCUCCGAACGAAAAGGAAGCGGAUAAGCUGGCGAGGAAGCACGUUGGACAGAUUGCCGGGCCCGAAUAUACGUUUACAUUGCUGGCAGAUGGGACGUUACACUUCUCGCGCGCAGAUAGCAACUUUCUUGACAAGUUCUCGAAACAUGCCAUGCAUUCGAACGCCUCAGAGUCGGUCGUCUAUGCCGGGACGUUACGAGUUGAAAGGGCAGAAGGGACAAUGAAGCGAGUGUUGAUAAUGGAUAAUGAUAGUGGCACAUACGCCCCACGAGUGGACAGGAACGAGCUCGCACGGCUGCGGGAGCUGAUGGAGUAUAAUUUUCGCGACUUGGACGUGAAAACCCUGAAAUACGAGUUUCCGGGUUCUGAGGACUCGGACGACUCGAAUUGAAUACCAUAUUUUACGUAGUAUGACCGUCGACACCGGCAUUUGGGAUUGGCGCAUAUUUGGAAGCAGAAUGAAGUCCUCCUUACAGAGAUCUGUCGUUGCUCUCCAUCAUGAGACGGCAUUGUAAAUAGUUUUGUACGGCGUCUAAAGUGUUAAUGUAAUGUGUAAUAUAUUUGUUAUGUUCGGG